AUUAUGUGUACCGUUGUUUACAGAGAGCCUGUAGUAAACAACAGAUAGAAUUUUCUGUUCCUCUCUGCAUUUUUCAUCGUGAACACAUUGUUGUUUUGAUCUCGGUAUAAUUUAUUUAGAUAUAUAGAAUGGCAGAAAAGGUCGUGGACAUUAUUCAGGCUUUCUUGAAGUUUUUUGCAGAGGCUAAAUUGAACCACUGCGUGUCCUUAACGGUCGACUACAAUCAACUAUCUUUGGUUACCUCGUCAAUUGAGGACUUGUGUGAUUACAUGACAGACCUAUCCCAAGAUAUACAGAAACUUGUUGAGACAUUUAAGUCGGAGAUUGGCAGUGUUGCGGAUGAAGAGACAGCGCCACCACAGCAGUCUUCAGGAUCAACCCUUCAACCUGUCGACAAAAAACCAGUAUAUGUCACAGAUCCGUCCUUUGUUCAAAUAAUUGCUUCCAAAGAUGAGAUUGACAGACGAAUAAAAGCAUUCAUUGAAAGGAAGCAAGUGGAUGUUGAUGACAACAACAAACGUGAAUUUUGUUCUGUUAUUUCACCUGAACAUGAAAUUAAAUCGUCUUGUGCAAGAACUGAUGCAGUAUUCAAGCCUGUUAAUGGUUGUAAAAGUCAUGUGAAAGUUUCGAGAGUUGUUAAUCCGAAUGGACCACAGACUCGACCCUUCAUUUCAACCCAAUCAACAACCAGCCAAUCAGCAUCAAGAAGCAGCACAAGCCAAUCAAGUCAUGAGUUGCCUAGUAGCCUUGAAGAAAGACUCAAAAACAUAGAAACACACAUAAAACUGAAACAUGGGCAAGUACCAAAGAACAUUUAUUCACGGCUUAAAGUAAUGGAACAGAGGAUUCUCCAAUUAGAAGGAACCUCUCCAGAAUACUUUUCAGCGUGCUCACCUGUGAAGAAACCAAAGUUUGAAGCUGAGAACAGAGAAGGAUUUGGUGUCACCAUAAGUGAUAUUGACGAUCGAAUUCAGGAAUUAAAGGAAAGCUUAAAAAUGAAGCAAGAAUUUGGAAAGCGAAUAGGUGGAAGCUGAUGGAAAAGUAGAAAGGCCCCUGCCAUCUGCAUAUAUUUAUUAUAUAAGUGUAACAUCCUUUUUUUCCCUUUCUUGAUCUAUUAUUUUGUUUAUGCUAAAUUUUAUGAAUGCACUAUGAGAACAUGUGCCGUUACUUAUAGCAAGUUUCCAAAUAAACUUAUAAAAUUCAGAACAUCGUAAUAUAAUUGUGUGAAAAUCCAAUUCUGAUUCUGUCAUUAAAUGUAAAAAAAUUAUUUAAUUUGAACAGUAAAAAUACCGCUAAAUCAUUUGGAACUUACAAGAUCUUAAGUUGGUUGGGCAUGGGUAACAAACUUUGUUUGGCCUAAUAAAAAGAGGGCUGUUACAACAGAUGAGACAUUUCAGCCAUUGGUACUGUGUGCAAUACAGCCUUUGCCUUGCGCAUGUUAAAUAAUGCAACAGUGGGGAUUGUCUACCAGUGCACUGCGCAUGUUAAAUAAUGCAACAGUGGGGAUUGUCUACCAGUGCAUUGCCCAAUUAACCAGCAUAAGAACAAGUCUUUGAACUCUCUGGGAUAAGUUGCACACCAAAAAUAAUGUUAACAUUGCAAAUGAGGCAAACCUUUUAAUAACUUAAGAAGUAUUAAUAUUAGCUGCUUGGGAGCAACUACAAAUAAUUGUAAAUAGUAACAGCAGUGAAUAAUGUACCAGGACAAAUGCAGACUACAUACUCCAUUUUUAAAUGACAUGGUUUAUUUCACACCAUACAAAACAUAUUCAAAAUAUUUUUCAUGCAUUCUCAAAAUGAUUAGGACAGUACAAAAUAAACAUUAAUAUGAAAUAAAGUAGGUUUUAAUGCUGAAUAAUUUAAAGUAUUUGCAGCGGAAUGUAAAUACAUUGUCAAGGUAUUCCGAUAAUUUAAGUAGUUUAUCAUAUAGUGCUAUACAAUUAGCAGAGUGACUCAAGGUAGAUAUUGUGGUACACUAUUCAGUGUUGGCAAGUCUUGCAAGUAGCCUGAUUACCCAUUGGAAUGUUAUGACUUUAGAAAACAUUAUAUACAGUAAAACUUAAGACAUCAUAAAUGUGGCAGAUGAGCCAAAUCAGUCACUCUUUGCAAAAAUUGAUUUUUAGUUAUUAAUACAGUACAAGGUAAUACAGUAAAAUGAAGGUUAUAAAAUGAUAAAAGAAUUAUAUAAAUCUGGCAUUUCAUUAAAAGUUACAGGAAUUUAAACAUACAUCUGUUUAAAGAAAGCAGCCUUCAAAGUUCACGAUUUCAGACAUUUCUUAGGCAGAGACCUACUGUAAACACAUAUAAAGGUUAGUUUAGUGCAAUAAAAUAAAUUUCGAAAA